AUGCUUCUCGACCACAAGCCGACGCGCAUCGUGCCGUCGGUGGACUCGCUCUCGGACACGAGCCCGCGCAUGCCCAAGCCGACCGAGCCGGUGCACUUUCACGCGAUCACGGCGCGGUUUGUGAACCACCCCAAGCUUGAAAAGCUGUAUCGGGAGAAGGCGGUGAAGGAGUGGUCGCCGCGGUCGUUCAAGAUCGUGCUCGCGUUCCUACUCCUCUACUUCAUCUUUGUGGCACCGAAUUUGACCAACCUCACGUCGUCCGACCCGUCGAUCCGAGAGCAGUCGAAAGAGUACUUUCUCUAUGUCGUGCCCUCGAUG